GGGCUUGUUCCCAGCUCUGACGUCACGGAGGUGUUCAAAACCAUCGCACGAGUCUCCGUAUGUCAGGCUUCACCGGCAGCCUUACAGAGGAAGGGGACUUUGUGAAGCUUUUAAAAUGAACAUCUAAUUCUGGAUUCAAUGUAUUUACCAUUUGGGUUCAGUAAUGAGCUGGCUCCUGUCUUGGGUCCUACUUGUCAUCCGAUUACAUCAGGCCGUUUCCCUGAUUUCCACCAUCGCACCACCCAUAACUGAUGAGCCCUAUAACCGGACUCAGUACUGUAAGUGGCCAUGCACAUGCCCUGAGACUCCCCCUACCUGCCCGCCUGGUGUCAGCCUCAUAAUGGAUGGCUGUGACUGCUGUAGAGCCUGCGCCAAGCAGGUGGGUGAGGAGUGCAACGAAGCAGACAACUGCGACCACCAUCGUGGUCUCUACUGUGAUUACAGCUCAGACAAGCCUAGGUACGAAAAAGGAGUGUGUGCAUAUCUGCUCGGCACUGGCUGUGAACACAAUGGUGUAAUCUAUCGCAAUGGGCAGAGUUUUCAGCCCAACUGUAAAUACCAGUGUCUAUGUGUGAAUGGGGCCAUUGGCUGUGUACCCCUGUGUAAUGACUCUCAGCCUCCAAGGGUGUGGUGUCCAACCCCAAGGCGGGUCAAGAUCCCCGGCCGCUGCUGUGAGCAGUGGAUAUGUGAAGAACCCAGGAGGGGGCGCAAAGCAGCACCUCGGCAUGCUAUGGCAGCUCUCUCCAGUGGAAAAGACACAUGGCAGGAGAACUGUGUGACACAGACCACAUCAUGGAGCCCAUGUUCCAAGACCUGUGGUCGUGGAGUGUCUUUACGCCUCACUAACGCCAACAAACAGUGUCAGAUGGUCAAAGAGAGACGCCUUUGUAAUAUUCGGCCGUGUGAGGUUGACAUCACUAAGCACAUUAAGCCUGGAAAAAAGUGCCUAAACAUCUACAGGGAAGAUCAACCGACCAACCUCACCAUCUCAGGCUGCACCAGCAAAAAGCUCUACUGGCCAAAGUACUGUGGUGUCUGCACAGACGAGCGCUGCUGCAUCCCUUAUAAAUCCAAAACAGUGCAAGUGGAGUUUCAGUGCCUUUAUGGAGCCACGGUUACUUGGCAGGUGAUGUGGAUUAAUGCCUGCUUCUGCAACCUUAGCUGCAAAAACCCCAAUGACAUCUUUGAAGAUUUAGAGCAGUACUAUGAGAAUCGAGAGAUUAUGAACUGAGAAACAGGAGACUACAGACACAUGUUGGAGUCAAAACAAUCAACAGGAUCAAUGCAACAGAAAUAAGAUUCAUUCCAUGAUGCAAUAAAUUUUAGACCCUAGACAUCACACUUAAUUAAUAAAUACAAAUAUAUUGCUUUGUCUAUAGAAUUUGGUGCUUCAUAUUACAAUAAUGUUAUAUAUAUAUGAUAUGAAGGAUAAUUAAACAAAAAAGCAGACAAUAAUCAUGCAGCAAAUGGAAAUGGACACAACUCAGGAACACAGUUCUCAGAGAGAGAGAGAGAGAGAGAGAGAGAGAGAGAGAGAGAGAGAGAGAGAGGUUGUUAAUAAGAAUAAGCAGCAGGUGUGCUGCAUUAAUUUGCAUUAUCUAGCACAUCAGAUUAGACUACAGCCCAAACUCAUAAAUGGCCUUGAUACGUAAUUACUGAGCGCGCGCGCGCGCGUGUGUGUGUGUGUGUGUGUGUGUGUGUGUGUGUGUGUGUGUGUGUGUGUGUGUGUGUGUGUGUGUGUGUGUGUGUGUUAGUUAAAUGAAGUAACAUGUCAAACUCUGCAGUGUGACAGUCCUGCUUUAUUCUGAUAUACACAGAAUUCUCUCACAAGGUCUUUGACUUUUUCCUUUUGGAAGAAUUUGUUGCUCUGUAGUGUAAAUAAAGUAUGUUUGACUUCAAUAUUACUUUUACUGCGAUCAUAAAUAUUUUUAGAUUCUGACAUAUUAUGUUUCCCUUCUUUAGACCUGUAUUUGCAUGAUACAUGAUGCAAACAUACAUGAUAUUUAUAUGACUAUGAUGUAACACAUUUUUCAUUUAAAAAAAGAGAUAUUCUAUAGAUUGCACUUAUGCAGAUAAAGCUGAAAUUCAGCAUGUAACUCAGUCUGAUUAAAAUAAACACCACGUUCUGACAUUUGAGCUUAGAUGAUUAAAUAUAGUGUCAUUUGUAUAGUUUAAUUUAACAACACAGAAUCCUUUAAACAUUUAUUAUUUCCUAAAAAAAAUAUGUUUUCUCAAAUAGGUGAUUUUUUUCUUGGUUGAUUGUUUCAAAAUUAUUGGCAACCCUACAAUAUGUAAAUGAAUACUCUGGGGGGGAAAAAAUAACAGCGCUUUAAUAGAUUGUGUCUCUGUUUCUCUUUUUUGGGACUAUAUGCUUUAAUGUCCUGUAAUAUUUAACAAGCUGGAACUAGGUUGGCUCAUGUCAGUUCAGUUUUAAGACAGUAGGUUUUAAAUAGAGUUCAUACUGUAUAUGAGAUUGUUUACAUGCACUCUAUAGGAGGCAGUGGACUGAAAUCAGUGCUCCUGAAACAUUAUCGUGACUUGCUGUUACAAACUAUUUGAAUUUUCCUCCAAUUUAUUAAUGUACACCAUAGUCUAUAAAGAAUAAUAAACUGCUUGAGAAUCAGCAAAUAUAUCCAAUAUGCUGAAGGAUGAUUUUAUAUAUAUAUAUAUAUAUAUAUAUAUAUAUAUAUAUAUAUAUA